AUGGCGGCUGCCGCUGGCCCAGGGCUGACCCUGGGCAAGUGGCAGUGGGGACAGGGGCAGGGGAGGUGGGCCCAGCAGAGUGCAGCCUGUACUCCCCACAUGGCAGUGGUGGAGGCUGUGAGCACUCCCAAUGGUCGCUGCCGCUUGUCCAGAAGGACCACAGGUUCCUUCUGCCAAGUGGAAGCAGAGCCUCUCUGCCAGGAAACCUCUGCACCAGCAGUGAAAGACAGGCCCAGCAGAGACAGCCACAAACUGUGGAUCGCUUGUAGCUUCCAACAGGUUGCCAAGGGCCAGGCAAAGAAAGCAACUGAAUCUGACUUACACCACAAAACCCCCAAAAGACCUGAAACCAACCCCAAGUGGCCAGCUUCAGACAACAUUGGAGCAGAGUCCAACAAGCUUCACAAACAGCUUAUCCAAAGAGAAAGUUGGAUCCAGGAUGCCCAGGAGUGUGACAAGGCAGGCAGUGUGGCCACCUGCCAGGCGGUCAUGCGAGCUGUGAUUGGCAUUGGGAUCGAGGAGGAGGACCGGAAGCACACCUGGAUGGAAGACGCCGACAGUUGUGUGGCCCACAAUGCCCUGGAGUGUGCACGAGCCAUCUAUGCCUACGCGCUGCAGGUGUUCCCUAGCAAGAAGAGGGUGUGGCUGUGAGCCGCCUACUUUGAGAAGAACCAUGGCACCAGGGAGUCCCUGGAAGCGCUUCUGCAGAGGGCCGUGGCCCAUUGCCCCAAAGCGGAGGUGCUGUGGCUCAUGGGUGCCAAGUCCAAGUGGCUGGCAGGCGAUGUGCCUGCGGCAAGGAGCAUCCUGGCUCUGGCCUUCCAGGCUAACGCCAACAGUGAGGAGAUCUGGCUGGCGGCCGUGAAGCUGGAAUCGGAGAACGAGUAUGAACGGGCCCGGCAGCUGCUGGCCAAGGCUCGGAGCAGCGCACCCACUGCCCGGGUGUUCAUGAAGUCUGCGAAGCUGGAAUGGGUGCUGGGGAACACUGAGGCCGCCCAGGAGCUGUGCGAGGAGGGCCUGAAGCACUACGAGGACUUCCCCAAGCUGUGGAUGAUGAAGGGGCAGAUCGAGGAGCAGGAGGAGCAGACGGACAAGGCUCGAGAGGCCUAUAGCCAGGGGCUGAAGAAAUGUCCCGGCUCCACAGCCCUGUGGCUUUUGCUUUCCUGGCUGGAGAAGAAGAUCGGGCAGCUGACCCGAGCUCGGGACUUGGAAAAGUCUCGCCUGAAGAACCCAAAGAACCCCGGGCUGUGGUUGGAGUCCGUGAGGCUGGAGUACUGUGCGGGGCUAAAGAACAUCACCAACACGCUCAUGGCCAAGGCGCUGCAGGAGUGCCCCAGCUCCGGUGUCCUGUGGUCUGAAGCCAUCUUCCUGGAGGCCAGGCCCCAGAGGAAGACCAAGAGUGUCGAUGCCCUGAAGAAAUGUGAGCACGACCCCCAUGUGCUCCUGGCCGUGGCCAAGCUGUUCUGGAGGGAGCGGAAGAUCACCAAGGCCAGGGAGUGGUUCCACCGCACCGUGAAGAUCGACUCAGACCUGGGGGACGCCUGGGCCCGCUUCUACAAGUUUGAGCUGCAGCACAGCACAAAGGAGCAGCGGGAGGAGGUGAGGAGGUGCUACGAGAACCUGGAGCCACGGCACCGGGAGCUGUGGUGCGCCGUGUCCAAGGACAUCGCCAACUGGCAGAGGAAGAUCGGGGAGAUCUUCAUGCUGGUGCAGCCCCCAUCAAGAACACCUUUUGGCUGGGCAGUCCCUCUGGGCCGGGUCUUGGGGCGGGUGGGCGAGUGUGCCUGCCUGCCAUUGCAAAACAGGGGCAGCCGGAAGCAUCAUCUUUACUGCGGGGAAAGGGGGCGCACGCAUGGGAACGGAGGAUGCCUCGCCAAUUGGCAACGUACUGCCUCCUGCCUGAACCCCGAAAAGUGCCGCUUUUAUUGCAACACGUGGCUGCAGGACGGAGCAGACCUUUGGCCCCGUGGACUUGGCCAAGUCGAAGGGGAAACAGACGCCAGGAGCGCCCGGUGGAAACACGACAAGGACCAGCCCCGUUCGGUGGGAGUUUCCGUGACACCAUCAUCACGUGUACGUGUGCUUAGACUGUCGAAAGCGUCGGCCUCGGGAGUGUGCAGGGGCCAGGACCCGCCGGCGACGGCCAGCGCAGGUGGGCGCUCCCUGCGCGGGGAGGGGGGCGGGGCCGGCUGCCAGCCCAGCGGGCACGCCCCCCGGUCACCUCCACCUCCGGGGGCGAGGCCGGGGCGGGAGGCGGCGGCAGCCCGGCGAGCUCCCGGCCCGGUGGGGCGUUCCCUGCCCGCGCCCAGGCCGCCUCCGGGCGCACCGCCGCCUCACGCGGCCCGGGUUCCCGGACCCAGACCCAGAAGGCGAGCGUCCAUUUACCUGCUCCCGCUCCCGCUCCCGCUCGCCGCCGCCGCCGCGCUGCUCAGCACGCCGUGA